CUAGAGCGACGUGCAACACACGAUGCGAGCUUCAGUUUUCUCCAGGGCCUUGUCGGGAAAAAUUGCCGCUCCGCAACAGCUCGACGCUAUCGUUCGCGUCGCGUCGGUCCCGCGAUACCGAUCUCCCUUUCCCCCACGUUUUCGUACCGUAAACUCACUCACCGUCAGAGUCGUGAUUCAUUUGAAACAAUACCCAGCAUCUGGUGCACGUUUCCAUCCACGUGUCUCCGUCUGGACCUCUUCGGGGGGCCGAAAGUCACCCCAAAGAUCGAAAACUUCGAAGGCGCAACUCCAUCCAUGUGCCGAUUUAAUUCUAUCCGAUGGUGACGAAGGGAUGAUCGUCGGUGGAUCGCGGUCGUGAUUCGGCGAAUCGAAUGAUCGGGAUCGGCACGAAUGAUCUCUGGGGCCUUUCUGUUAGAGGAACAGGUCGUGCGAAUUUUGUGGUGAGUCGCUCGGUGUUCGGAUGGGGUGCCGAAACGCGGGACCGCGAAACUUGACGCGAGAAACCCACCCCCGCGGUUGAAGAAUCGUUAGAUAGACUGUAUGGACACGCAAGCCACAGGACAUCAUGAAGUCGUCGAGAAAAAUCCCGCAGAGAUUGUUGACCGGGUCUCCGUGAACAGCUGCCCGCCAAGCAGCUUCCCUGACAGAUUCCAAGACUUCUUCGCUACUCUGAACGAGGAUUCCAACGAUCUGCCCAGCAUGCUCGAGGACAAGCUCAUACCCAGGCAGCAGGAUAAUCCGACCACCGACCCGAAGGGCAGACGAUGGAGCAGCAAGAGGGCAUUUCAAAGGCGGAGCAGCGAAGUCGAGGUUCGUCUGCAUCGUAGUUCGAUGAUGGGCUCUCAGGGUCAUGCGACCGUCGACGCCCCGAAAUCGCCGACCCCGUCCAGGCGACGCAGCUCCAGCAUCGCGGUCGCCAGACCCACCCCUGACCUGCACAGGAGAAUAGUGGGCCCGUUUUUGCGUCAAAGUAUUACACAGUUUCUGCAAGCAGAGGCAGGUCCAUGGGGUCACCUGUCGCCUUCGCCGAGGAGUCCCACGAGGACUCCGGCGAUCAGUCCAGGUGCUGUGUCCUCCUCGUCUCACCUGAGUCCAGGAGCGAGUCCCGGUGGCCCGAGUCCCGGUGGCCCGAGUCCGACCAGUCCAGCUGGUCCAGCUGGUUUAACGUCCGGAUCCCGUGGUCCAGGGCCAAGGCAAUAUCGUGGAAGGACCAGCAGCAUGCCAGCAGUGCCACGGCACAGGCCGAUGCUUGCUGAAACGAAACGCGGCGGCGCCGGUGGGGCCGAAGAGGGUGAAACCGAGGAUGGCGUGGAAUAUUACAGGCUGAGAUCGUUUUCUAUAACAGCGAACGGGGUCUACAACCUCGGCGAUUCGUUGAAGAGCCGUCGUAGCAGGAGCAUCAACAGUGUCACAUCCUCCGGCACUAGCUGCAGCAGCACCAGGGAGGCGAGAUUGCUCAGCUUGGCGUCGCAGCUCUCUGCCAUGGAGGCCGAAGAGGAUACGAGCAACGAACGAGAGGCCACUUACAAAGUCGGCAUGCUGGGUGCGUCGGGGGUGGGCAAGACCGCCCUCACCGCACAGUUCUCCACCAGCGAUUACAUUUGCGCUUACGACACUUCUCUCGACGAGGAGUACGGGCAGAAGAGCGUGUCGGUGUUGCUCGACGGGCAAGAAACCGAGCUGGAGAUCAUCGAUCAUCCCGCGGCGGAGAUGUCGGUGGAGACAUUCUGUUCGACGUACAACCCGGACGUUUACGUGGUGGUCUACUCUGUGGUGGACCGGCUGAGCCUGAAAGUGGCCGAGGAGACUCUGCUGUAUUUGUGGAAGAGCGAUUACAUGGCCAGCCACGGAGUGAUUCUUGUCGGGAACAAGGUCGACCUCGAGCGAAAACGGGAGGUCUCGUCGGUCGUGGUCUGGGCGACGUUUGGCGAACAACUGCGGAUGCAAAUUCAUCGAAACCUCCUCGGGUCUGGCGCACCACGUGGACGAGCUGCUGGUCGGGAUUCUGGCGCAGAUCAAGCUGAACCCGCAACGGGACCGAGACCAAGCGACCAGACGGAGACGGAGCAAGCACCGUAGAAGGAUCCUGAAGCACCUGCUGGGAUUUAAAAGAAAAACGAAGAGCUGCGAGAACCUUUUCAUUCUCUAACGUUUCCGAUGGAAAUUCCGAAAGGAAGUUCUCCGUUGUAAUUGCUGCGCACGAAGUGGCAGCUACUUUUUAAUCCUUGUUUCGCGGUCUAUUCGCUCCUGUGCCAAGGAAACGCUUGAUCCUCGAUCAUUCGAUGUCGCGAUUCGUUCCUGCAGAUUUAUAAUUACUCGUAAUAGAGUAGUCCGUGCUCUAAUUAUUUUUGCAUCGCGUUAAUUCUCGCUUAUUUUUCAAACGUUCGUCGAACAGAUUUCUUGCCGAUGAUUUUCGUUGGUUUCGAAGAUGAUCGUAUAAUUUUUCUUUUUGUUCGUAAGAUGCUUCACUUUAUGUGCAACAAUGGUGUUUCACGGCUACUGUGGUACGUUGAAGUAUGUACGGUAGACACCGAAAUUAAUAUAAUUAAAAUUUAAAAAAUAUUAAUAUUAAUUUUAAUUAUAUUAAUAUUUAAUUAAUAGAUAUUAUAUUAAUUAAUUAAUAUAAUUAAAAUUAAUAUAACUAAAAUUAAAAAUAUAAUUAAAAUAUUCGGAUUAUUUUCGAACUCGUUGAAAUCGAUCGAUCAAGGGUGCGAAUCUGUACGAGUUUACGAAUCGCCGUUUUUCGAGUACUUAAUUCUAGGAUUAAAUGUUUUUUUCAUUUUAUGGAAUCGAAGGACUGUUUGCUUUUUCAUCUCAAGGAUUUCGAUCGGCGAAAUUCGCUGUUAUCGUAGAAUGGAUGACAUAUAGAUAACGUGAACCAGGAUGAUGGAGGUUCUACCGUGUGAAGCAAAUCGACGACGAAAUCAUAGGUAAAUUGUAUAAAGUUUUCCUGCUGGUGAAAUAUGCGGCGUCCGAAAGCGAUUUUUCUGGAAGGGAUCCCGCGGAACAAAGAGGAAAAUAUUUUUCUUGGAACGGACGAACGCUAUUCGAUGAACCCAACUUCCUUAAAACGACAAACUUAGGACGAAAUGCAAUUAAAGGAGGGGAAAAAACGUAGCGUUUUGUAAAUUCACAAGCGAUAUCCUUCGAGAAAUUUCUCGUCGAAUCAACGUGAUUCCUCGAACGUGAGACGUUGAUCCCUCGUGAUUGUACGCGAAUUUCGAGGUUCGUCGUUGGACGCCCCGUACGAAACAGCAUCGAAACACUGCGAACAAUAUUUUAAAAUGUACGAUUAAGGGUUAACGGCGAUAGAGAAGUAUGAUCGAGGUUUUAGCGAGAUGAUUUUCAUUGUGCCGUAUGGAGAAUCGCUUCGAUUGACCAGCGUCAAUUAUUACAUACCGAGUUAUUUAGGUUUAUUCAGAAAGGUAGGAAGGAGACGAUUUUUAAACAUUUCUGUACCCUCAAAAUAUUCUUUCAGCCUCUGAAUUAUUAUAUUUUUAUCGAAGUGAUAAUUAAGAAGAAUAAUAGUGUACUGGCUCUGUAAUUUUAUUUGCAGUUUGUUAUACUUAAACUCACAUGGACUUAUACAGUAUAUAGCGUACACAAAAAUGGAAGCGCAUUAAUUAAUUGACAAUGAAUUCAACUUUUUAAUCCUCUGAGAAAAUGAAUAUCUUCUAAUUUCAAGCUCGCGGAAAACAACGAUACGUACUUGCGAAUUCAUUGGUAAUUGAUUGUAAAUUAUUUGUAAACACCUAUUUUCCGGCCUUUUCAAUAAGUUUUCUAUUUCCAGAAUGGCUCGUCGUUUGCGAAGAGCGUGAUACUUUUAUUGUAAAAUAUUAAGCACUUCGUUCAAUUGCUAUUGUAUAAAAUCUUUUAAAUUAAUCGAUGCUAGGCUUAAAACUUACAGCGAUUAGAGGAUUCUCUAUCGAAUUGAUCCAUUAAAAGAUAAGUGUUGUUACUUUAAGCGCCAAUCCAAGGGACCGUAUUAAAUCCGAAUAAACUUCUUGUGUAAAAUAA